AUGGUCUUUCCGGUGGACCAUCCUCGAUACGCUGGCUUACCCAAAGGACUCCGGCAGGUGGUACUGGAGAGGUUUGGGGAAGCGGUAGUAGUGGGCAAGAAGCAGGACGAGCUGGUCAUCCUACUCUCUAAUUGUGAUGAUUUCGCUUCCCAGAAAACUCUGCUCCAGGAAGAAGCUGAGGCCCGCGGUGAUCGGGUCAUAUGUGGUGUGAAAUUUUACCCAGAGUUGGCACCAAUAGAGGCAGCUUACCGCUCCAUCGCUAAGGCCAUUAGGAUUGGGAACUCCUCCAAAUCAUCAGGAGGGUUCGUCCAAAGAGUAGAGCGCUGUCAGGAGCCUGCCGACCUGACGUUGCUGCUUAUUCGCAAGCACUUCAGGUCAUCCAGGGAGUAUCUCAAGUCUUACAUGGAGUGA